CACAUGUUAAGAAAAGAGUUAUAGCCGUGCAAAAUUAGUACAGGACUGGUCAAAGACUGCUGUAUUUUGAUGAGAUUUUAGGUGACUUUCCCAAAACACACUUAGCUUAUGCUGAAGCUUGUUUCGUACAGUGUUUAAAUACAGUGUUCGAUAACCACGUUAAGCAAUUAUUUACAGUAGUAUUAUAGCUAGCACUAUUAAUGGCUGCUACAACUAGCAACUUGUACCACAUCUCCUGCAGUGGCCUGAAGACUCCUUUCAGCUUGUGCAACCAGGGGGUUUUCAGGUUCAGGAGGCCCAAACCAGAGAUGGCAGUGCGAGCAGACCCCGUUGCUCUCUCGCAGCACAUACUUGCGGCGGGAGGAGUCCGUGCAUUGUACGUGCAGGGAGGAAUGCAGCGUGUAACCUCUGCGCUACAUACCACCGCACGCAGGAGCUGAAGGAGCAGAAGGGACCUGAGUUGCUGCGUGCUGUGUGGGAGCCAUUUUAAAGCUGAAGACAGUAUUUUAACUUCGCAGCUGUUACCCAAAGGUGUUGGAAUGGUGACUUGUACACUUUCAUUCCUUAAUAAUUCUCUUCAGGAGAGCCUUUAUGGCUUCCACCUUGGGACAAACGCUCACCACGUUCCCUGUAAGCGCACCGCGCUUCAAAAUGUCAUUUCACCACGUCCUCGCUCGUCCCUGUACCUAACAGAGCGAGGGCCAAGGCUGGGCCGAGCGGCGGCGCACUGCUACGGGUCGCUCCCCGGCGGCCGGGCAGCACCCGCGAGUCGCUCCCUCGGCCCUUAUAUGUGCGUGUCCGUGUGUGCGUGUGUGUGUGUGUAUGUGUAUGUGUAUGUGUAUGUGUGUGAGGGCGCGGCGCUCGGCUCCUGCCCGCCGGGUCCCCACAGGUGGCGGCGCGCGGCAGGGACCCCGCUCCCAGCGGCCGACCUGCCCGCGGCCACACCGCCCGCCCGCCCCGGCGCUGCCGCUCGGCGCAGCCAAUGGCGCGGCCGCUGUCAGCCUCGGCCCGCCCGCCGCCGAGCGGGGGAGGGCUGUGGGCCGAGGGGAGGGAGAGAGGGGAUGAGGAGAGUUGAAUGAUUGAACUUUCUUGUUUAGUUUCUGCGGCGCGGAGCUGUCUGCCCCUAGUGCAGCCCGGCACCCGCCCGGCGAGCAGCAGCUCAGCCCGAAGCGCCCGGCCGCCCGUCUGCCGUCCCCUCCCGCGGAGCGAUGGUGCGGAGCGCGCCCGGCGCGUCCCUCGCCCUGCUCCUCUGGGUGACGGCCGUCUGCGGCAGCCCCUCCGGCCCGGGGGCCGCCGCCGCCCGCAGGCAGGACGAGGCGUUCUCCACCGCCAGAUGCACCUCCAGGUGCCUGAGCCUGCAGAUCACCCGCAUCUCCGCCUUCUUCAAGCAUUUCCAGAACAAUGGAUCACUUGCUUGGUGCCAGAAUCACAAACAGUGUUCAAAGUGCCUGGAGCCUUGCAAAGAAUCCUGGGACUUGAAGAAAAACCAUUGCCAAAGCUUCUGUGAGCCUCUUUUCCCCAAGAAGAAUUAUGAAUGCCUAACUAGCUGUGAAUUCCUUAAGUACAUCCUGUCAGUGAAGCAAGGGGACUGCCCAGCACCUGAAAAGGCCAGUGGUUUUGCAGCUGCCUGCGUUGAAAGCUGUGAAGCUGACAGUGAAUGUUCUGGAGUGAAGAAAUGCUGUUCCAACGGAUGUGGUCACACAUGCCAAGUUCCCAAGAAUCUGUACAAAGGUGUUCCACUGAAGCCCCGGAAAGAGUUAAAAUUCACAGAACUCCAGUCUGGAGACCUGGAGGUGAAGUGGUCUUCAAAAUUCAAUAUUUCCAUUGAGCCUGUGAUUUAUGUUGUUCAGAGAAGGUGGAAUCAAGGAAUCCAUCCUAGUGAGGAUGAUGCUACUAACUGGCAAACUGUGGCACAGACAACAGAUGAGCGGGUCCAGCUGUCAGACAUCAGAGCAAGCAGGUGGUACCAGUUCCGUGUGGCAGCUGUGAAUGUGCAUGGGACAAGGGGCUUCACGGCACCUAGCAAGCACUUUCGCUCCUCUAAAGAUCCUUCUGCUCCACCAGCUCCAUCUAAUAUCAGAAUUGCCAAUAUCAGUGCAAACAAUGAUGGAACUGUUAAUGUAAUGAUUACUUGGGAUCUUCCAGAGGAGCCUGAUAUCCCAGUGCACCAUUACAAAGUUUUCUGGAGCUGGACUUACAGCAAAUACGUGAUCCCAGCUAAAAAAAAGAGAAGGAAGAUUACUGACGGGCCCCAAAAUUAUGUGGUCCUGGAGGGACUCCAACCCAACAGCAACUACAAUGUAGAACUGCAGGCAGUAACACGCUGGGGUCAGAUACGCCUUAAAAGUGCUAAGGUUUCUCUUCAUUUUAGCACUACACAGGAUAACAGGAAUAAUAAUGAGCAGACAUCUGCUGGGAAACCUCCAAAAGGACUGGUAGAUCCUUACCCAACAUUUCAAAGAAGAAAACCCACUCGUUUUCUUAAAAUUGGAACUCCUUUCUAUCAGGACAAUCAACUUCAGGUCAAAGUCUACUGGAAGAAGACAGAUAUCAACAUGAAUCAAUUCCAAGUCCACUCAUUACUGGAAUCCUGUGCACAUAAUGACACCAAGGGACUUGGGAAAGUAACUGAGCUGACUUAUGAGAACUACGUGAUUCUCAAGGACUUGUCAUUUUCAUGCAAAUAUAAAGUAACUGUUUUACCUGCAAAAUCUAAAAGUCGUUUUAAGGCUGAGAGUAUUUUCUUUGUCACCCCACCUUGCUCUGCAUUUAAAGAAAAAACCCAUAAGCACAUUAAUUGUGCUGCUGAAGAAGUGCCAGUUCUACCCAAAGUGUUGGCCAAACCCGAGAAUCUAUCUGCAUCUUUCAUUGUUCAGGAAGGUAACAUCACCGGUCAUUUUUCCUGGAAGAUAUCUAAGGCAGUCCUUCACCAGCCCAUGACAGGGUUUCAAGUCACAUGGGCAGAAGUAACCACAGAAAGCCGACAGAAUAGCUUGCCCAACAGCAUCAUUUCACAGUCACAGAUACUGCCAGCAGAUCAUUAUGUACUCACCGUGCCCAAUCUCAGGCCAUCAAUGCUAUACCGAUUGGAAGUUCAAGUGUUGACAACUGGUGGGGAAGGACCAGCUACAAUAAAAUUGUUCCGAACACCUGAUCUUCCUCCAUUUUUACCUCACAGGCCUCAUCUGAAACAACAUCAUCCUCACCACUACAAGCCACCCCCAGAAAAGUAUUAAACUGUUUAAGAUGAUUGUACAAAUAACUGAGCGAGAAACUGAGCUCCCAAGUGGAGGCUAGGAAAAGGCACGUCUAUAGGAGCAAAGGAUCUGGUUUUCCAAUGGAAGUUACCAUGCUGUACAGUCUGUUUCCACUCCUGUGUAGUUUAGUCAUGAAGAAUUUUAUUUGUACCAAGGCCAGGAUGAAGCAUACAACAAGUACCAUUUCAGUACCACCAUUUUUCAGCAAAUUGAAGAUUGCAUUAAACUCAACACCUGGGAGAAAAUCAAGUGUGUUGAUUAUAAUUUUUGUAUUUCUGUGUUUAAAGUAGAUUGAAACAGUGAAGUGUAUGCAGCUAUUUCUCUUAGUGGUUUCAGUGUUAAUAUAUGAGAGGUUUUCCUGUGAUGUAUGCAUACUUUUGAACACUUGGAGGCCAUGUUGUCAUCAAUAUGUUUAAAUGAUGUAUUUUACUUAAAGCUCUGCCUUUCAGCGGUUUAAACCCCAGUGUAUUUUGCUCUUGAAGAAAAUAUCUAUUUGUCUGAAAUGGACAUGUGAGUAAACUAGAUACCAGAACCAGAGACUCUUAAAUAAUCAAGAUUUAAUAACUACAGAAUCACUGCAGAAGAGAAUGGUAAUACAUUUGCAUAAUCAACCAUCUCUUCUGAAGUAAUGUUUCAGCAUGUAGAUCUUAUACCAAUAGAGUUAACAGUUAAAAUAUAUGCAAUGUAGAUAUUCCAUUCAUUGUAAAGAACCAAAUGGCAACACAAUUGUUUUCAAUUAAUGAUGAUUAACACAAUUAAUUUAUAGAUUCUAGAAUAAUUAUAUUUAAAAUUUUGGUUAUUAUCUUGAAAUGAAACUCUAAUUUUCUAGCUAAAACCUGAAGAGUUAACAUUUUAAAAAUGGAAAUUCUAAUUCAUUUAUUAUUCAAGUAGUCGUAGAGCUACUUUUCGGCUCCUCUGUCUUUUGAUGCACAUAUCUCUUUUCCCCAUGGAUCUUUUGAACAGAAGGAUGGAUGUAUUGCCUCCAUGCUAUUCUGCUUUCAGAAAGAAUUUUGUGACAAUACUCUGGCAUCUGGAAAGCAUUGGCUUAGAGUUUAUUUGAGUGCAUUUUUCAAAUUCAGGCAGAAAGCUGCCCUUUUUAACCAUAAGGGAAUUCAUAUUGCAUUUAUUGUGCAAUAUAAACUGUCUAGAAUAAUUUGCCAUACAGAAUGAAAUCCUUUGAUAGUAAACAGAAACUACAUGGAUUUGUUAUCCACAAGGGUGGAAAGUAUCUGCCAAGAAACAUCUAUACAAAUACUCAUAUUUAUCUUCUAAUAGUCAAGAAGUUUAAAAUGCUUCUGUAUUCUUUGACACAGGUUCCACCUCUCCCUGAGUCUUCAUAUUAGGCUAGCAUACUUCAAGAGUUCAAUAGUGAAACUUGACAAGGUUGCCAAGUUUUUCUACCACUGCAUGCCACAAACACUUUUACUCCAUGUCUGUCUGAGGCACUCAGUGAGAUGAGAUCAUAAAUUAGUUGUAAAUAUAUUUUCCUUCCCAUGGUUACCAACUGUAUUAUAGAAAAGCAAAUACAGAGAGAAGAAAUACAUAACCUGAAAAAUGAGGAUAACAAUUUCAUUUAUUACAAUAGAGCAUUCAAAAAAUAAUCAUAUGUAGUUUGUCUAUACUGAAAUGUAUAGCUUUUUGGUGCAUAUGGGGUAAUACCACAGAGAGUGAAAGAAGCUGAAUUAAUUUCUGAUCAUUUUUUCAUUCCAGUUUUUCUGUGUUUCUGUAUUUGCUAUUAAAGUACUCUUUUUUUCCCGUUCUCUUUCUAUUUUGCCUGUUGUCUUUUUUAAUAUGCACUCAGUGACCAAGAACUUGUUCCAGACAAUUUCUAUUCCUAUAUGACUUAGGACUUUGACAGUUGUUUCAAAAAUAUUAAAGGCUGAGCUGCUUUUAUUUCCUUCCUCUGCCACUCUGUCACCUCCUCGCUUCCAAAAUACAUUAACAAGUUAACAGAUGAACUCUUCAUCAGAUCUGCAGGGUAAUAGGUUUGUUAUCAAUUUUGAAAGGCCAGUGUCUCAGACUUUUUGAGGGGCAAGAAUGUUUCAUGUAUACAGAACUGAUCAAAGAAUAUACAAUAUGAAUUGAACUGGUGUGUAGCAUUGCUGUUACAUUUAGGUUGCACCAGGACAAACUAAGGAUAGAAAGGAUCUCUGUGAUGUUCACUGAGAACAGUUUUAAGUGGGAUCAGGGCAAGUAAUACUUUAGGCUUCUUUAAAAGUCUCUGUCCAAAUCUUUCCAUCAGAAUCUAUUCUGGUUAUGCUGGAGUAAUUCUGUAGUGAUUUGAUUAAUGUUAAUAAAAUUAUGUUGUAUUCAUAAUGUCGUGGUAAAGCAUAGUACAUGGAUGUCAGUCUUUAUUACAAUGAUGCCAUACCGGGCUUGGAGAUAAAGUGGAAGUUAGCAACACUGAGUGAUCAUAUCCUAAGUCUUAAUUGCUGAGUGUAAGCCUUGUUCUUCUGAGAGGAAUCAAAAUUAGUUAGUGUAUGCUCAUGUCAGUUUCUUUGAAACAUUCAACUUUUUUAAAAGUAGCAACAUACUUUUAAAAGAAUGUGGAGUCUGUUUCCCUCCAAAGUAGAUUCUGGCCAUCCAAAAAAAACCAAAAACAACAACAACAAAAAAAAGAAAAAAAAAACAGUUGAUAAAGCAGAAUUGUGUUGAGCAAUAUACAAGGUCCAAUGAGAAGUAAAUUUAUUUUUUUCUUCUACAAAUGAGUUUAUCAACUCACCUUUUAAGUGAUUCUCCAAAUCAAAAAUCAAAAAUAAUCAAUCAAGGCUCAUGCACAGAUGUUAAAUUCACAAAUAAGAGUGCUUUCCUGAUUAUUCUUUGAAUUUAGCAGUACUGAUUUAAAGUUGCUAGUGCCUAAUUCAUAAAGCCUUGUUUGCUAAAUUGUACAAGUUGUUGUCCUAAUUUACUGGCUUAAAUCACAUUAAACAUUUAAUUCAGCAUUAGACUCGUAAUUCACUGCUUGAUUCAUUAGUCAAAGAUUUAUUUUCUCUAAUGAUGUUAUAUAAUAUAGAAUUAAUUUGGAUAUUGGGAUGCUUUUAGAUACUCUGCACCUUUUCACCAGUGUAUUAUUUUUUUAUGUACAAUUUCAAUGGAUUUGUCCAUUGGCUUCUUGAUGCAUUUUGUUUAUCUGUAUUUCUGAAAGAAUUAUAAUAUGCCAUUUUUGCUAUCUGCUUUGUGAAAUGGACUUUUUUUUUGUUCACCAGGGAUUUUUGUAUAAGACAAUGGUGUGUUCUUGUUAUAUCUUUUUUUACAGUUUUUAGUUGUUCAUAGAGGAGUGGAAAUUCAAGUAAGGCGGAACUUGUGCUGUACUACGAUGUGUAACAUCUUGAAUGUUCAAUAAGAAUUCAGCACAUGGAUAAUAAAUAAGAGGUCUGACUUCUGAAAUAUUUGGCAUCUUCAACUUAGUGGCUUCAGAAAGAGCUGAGGUGUGGCAAUGCUAACACUGACAUUAAUGUUUGGCACAUUCACAAACAAAAUCAAAGAAAUAGUCUUUGCUAACAUGAAUGGGAAUUUUACCAUUUAUAUUAGCAGAAACAUAUGGAAACCUAAAUACUGAGUAAAUUUAUUUGACAGUAAUUUCAACUCCGUACUCCCUACUGCAAUCAUGUAGUUUCAGAUAAGCAGGCCCUGAUUCAGGGACAUGCACAGAAAAAAAAAAACUUUGAUAUACACAGAAGUCAGUGGGUUGGAAGUAUACUACACCAUAGAAAUUUUUAUUUUUGUGUGUAUAUGUAAAUGUAGUUGUGAUAUUAUUUAUUAAUUCAUUUUCUUAUGCUAUGUGCCAAGUAUAUUACUACCCUUUUGAUCAGUACAUGUGAACAUCAAUGACUAAAAAUAAUGUUAUGCAAACUUGUGCAUUGUAACCAGGAAUAUGAUGCUAAUAAGCUGUUGCAUGUAGUUUUAAAUAAUUAAGAAAACCUUUUAUUUAAAAAACUGUAAAUGAAUACCUGCAGAUGUUUAUGAUUAUAUAUGGUUUUGCAUGCCAAAACUCAUUGUUCAGUUGUGGGCAUGAAAUGUAACGACUGUAUUACCUCUACUGAAUAUAUUAGUAAGGUACAAUUUACAAAGUUAUUAACAGAGCUCUAUAUGUAAAAUUUUUCCUUUUUACUUAAUUAUAUUGUAGUAGAGGUAACAGAACUGCUUAUCUGUUACCCAAAUUGGCUGUAGAAAUUACGUUCCUAUAACAGUCAUUUAUAGUCAGUAUUUAUUUAUGUAUGUAAUACAAAACAAUUGGUCUUAUGUGUCUGUCCCUUUAUUUAGAGAAAGAAAAUAUGCUUCUUGUAAAAACAAUUUGUAAAAAAAAAAUGUAAAUGUAAAUAGAGUCUGAUUUCUUUUAUGCAUUAUUUUCAUGUUUAGAGUUUGUACAUACUGUUUAGGUAAUAAACUGUCCUACACUGAAGUCUUGCUACAUUGUCUCCUCCAUACAGGACUUACACUUUUUUCUUUUUUGUAUUUAUUAUGGAGAUAUAGUGUCAUCUAUUAAAAAUCAGACUGCCAUUGG